GGGGGGGAAGGGGUGGCCGUGCCUGCAGACCGUCAAUGUCAGCAAAAUGUCUCACGGCCUGCAAUCAGAUUACCCUGAUGUGCUGCGUGUGGCCCAUGGGUUGCCCACUACUGGUUUAAUGGCCAUUAAUUCAAAUUUGGAACACUGGGAGUAGAGAGGCAACAAGGAAACUGACCUUUCCAUUGCUUGGAACAGACAGACCCUGUUUUAGCCAGUACAGGUGCGCCCAGCAAAUUGCAAGGAUCUAUCCAGUUAUUUCUGUGGCCUUCAUCACCAUGGUACCAGAGCACAUCACGAACAUUAAUGGAUUUUAUCCUUCCAGCAUGUCAGGAAAGGAAGGUGCAAAGCAAAGAUGGGGUUUGCUGAGGACAAGGUUUAUGACUACAUUAGGGAAAACAUGCAGGACUUCCAUCGCAUCCGGGUGCGCCAGCUGAUUCACCAUCUGCCGUGUCUCUCUGAUGCAGACAGGGAAGAGAUAGAAGCCCACGACGACAGGAAAGGGAAUGAGCACGCCGUGUGGGAGCUCUUCUACUACCUGAAAUGCAGGAGUGGCUGGGUGAAGGAGCUCGUUGAGGCGCUCAGGAAGAACAGGCACCAUGAUCUCGCAGACAGGGUUCAGAGCAAGUACGAUGCUCACCAAGUCCGUCCUCGGAACAAGGCACCACUUCCUGCUGUGAAUAACUCUCUGCCCAGCUACAAGUUGGUUUGCUCUCAGAUGCCUCCACCGACUGCUAAUCCUGAUCCUCGGCGCGCUGGCCUCACCUUUGAGAACAAUCCCCACAUGCCUUCAUUGCCUAGGCAGCCAGCAAGUCUCCCAAGGCCCGGCACACCCCUGCCUCUCCAGACAAAUCCGUCUGGCGUGGAAAGCUACCAAGACCUGGGGGAAUACAAUACUCCUGUGCAAGAAAUGGAGCCGUUGGCAAAGCAAAAGGUUACAGAAGAUGCCCUGAGCCCGUGGAGGGAAGCUCCGAGUCCCCAACCCACUGGAAACGCAGCACUAGCUGAUCUCAGGGCAUCACAGGAAGGCAGUAACCAUGGAGAUGGUCUGUCCUCAGCAGCAGUCCAGUUACCUCCUGAAUCACCAGCGGGACACCUGCUGGUUUGUGGGCAUGUGCCCAGAGGAGAGGUGGAAGUGGCUCAGCCAGGCAGACCAGUAUUUGACCCAAGCGGACAGGGGCAGGACUGGGCAAGCCGCCAGCAGCAUCCGGUCUGUAUGAGCGAUGGGUAUUUUGGGAACAUGAAUCACCUGAAUGUUGGGAACGGCAGAAAGGCAUCCAUGCCUGGAGAGCCUGUUCAGAGAGGUGAGCCGGCCGCCGCUCCUAGCCCAGAGGAUUUCGAGAACCAGCCAGAAGAGGUUUACUAUUCUUCUUUUGAGCUCUCUCCCCUGGCUGCCAGGGCCAACAGAGCUGUCCCCGGACAUGGGCAGCAGGCUGGAGAUUCGCUCCGGGAACAGAAGAUUCAGGCUUUGCAGGGUUACGAGAAUGGGAACCUGACGAGCAGCAUGGUGGAUAUUCAUAACCCUGUCCUCCUGCAGACCCAGUUUGAUGCAGAGCAGAAACGUACCCAGGGGCAGAGAGAAGACCAUGGUGAAGAGAGGGAUGCAUUUCUUCUACACCAAAUCAGAGAUUCUGCACAAAGCACACACAGUUAUGGUGAGUUGGGAGCCAUCAAAGGAAGGGCUGACUCUAGCCCUGCAAUUGGAUCAGCGCCCACCUCUCAGACGACGAGCACCGCCCCCACGGACCUCAGUGAGGAUGCAAUUGCUCAUGAUUUGGGAGCAUUAGAUCUCGGCACAACAUUCUCGGCCAGCUCCUCUGAAAAACUGGCUUCAGGCCCCUCUGCUGGACCUUCCCAAGGGAUCCCUGAGCAGAAGCCGGGUAGCAGCAUCAGUUCCCACUGGGGUGGGUGCUCGGGAGAGUGCCUAGCAGAUACCCUGGGUGUUGCCAGUGGACCAGCAAACAGCAGAAAUCCUCAAAGCAAAGUCCAGAUCCCAGCUCCUGCAGCUCACAUGCUAUGCCCAGCUUCAACUCCUGGACCCAGCAACGUUCUUCCAACCAGUCCCCCCCUCCAUCCCAGUACGACUAGCAUUAAGAGCGUUCCCAAGCUUUCCAAUGCCAUGACUGCUGUGGAAUUCCCUGACUCUAGUGGCUUCUCCUCUACUGCUGUGAUUCCGCCUAGUUCACCUGCAUUGCCCUCUGACCUGUCAGAGCCAGCGUUCAACAGCGACCUAAGUGAGCUGAAAUGUCCCGUCCAAGAGUGCAGACUGACAGCAAGAGACACAGACAGCAGCAGCACCUCCAUGCCAGAGGAGAACGCAAAUCAAGCGCCAAAGCCCCCUGCUCCGAGUGUGACCCAAACCAGUCCACAGAUCCCUGGAAGCACAGCUCACACCACUGCGAGGGAGGCAGGGUGGAAGAGCCAAAACACCUUGCCAGGUCCCCCUGGGGGCUGCCAAGUGUUCUACAGUGAGCCGGAUGAAGAGGUGGAGCUCAGCAAGCCAGGUGUGCUAACCUCCACCAGAGGUGUGGAGGAGCCAGCCCAGAGGCAUCCAGAGUCACCCGAGACAAAUGUCCAAUAUUCUGGGAGGUCCGACCGCUUCUUCCUCAGCAGCAAGUGCUCUCUGGACAGCAAUCCCCUAAUGAUAAGCGAAUCCAGCAGUGCCUGCCCCAGCUCCAGCAGAGCCGAGAGGAAUCAGCCUGAAGAGAAUCACUACUCCUCUCGGUCUGACCACCCCCCCCCAGCAUGGGCUGCCACCAAUGGCCCAAGAAAAGACGAGGCUACUAAAAACAGCAGAGCCUCCCUUCUGCCAGAGAGCAGCAGCACCUGGGACAGCACAGCUGUGGAAACUCACGAAGUCCAUGUGGUUGAGUAUCCUGGCGUUGAUCUGGGGGAGGCUCCCAGCCUGAGGGUUGUAGCCAGUGUCUAUGAGAACCCAUCUCCAGCCAGCUCUGGCUCCCUCAGGAGGCUCUCCGAAUAUUCCGACUCACCUUGCAAUUUGGAAGCCCCUCCAGGAAGUUCUUCCCAGAACAUUAACAGGCCAAAGCGAGACAGUGAUGGGACAUCUUUCCCCUUGAAGGACUAUAUACUGCCUGCUGCCAUUGCUGCAUUCACUUCUGUUGUGGCUUUCCUAUUCUAUAAGCAUCUGCGGAAUUAGGAGAGGAGCAGGGUGGAGAGGUAGAACGUCACUUCGUUCAGCCACAAAGUCAACAGUAAACUUCAUGCUUAGCUUUCUCUUGCAUAGGAAUUUUAACUGGCAUA